GAAUUGUCCAGUGAAGAUAUUGAGGAAAUACAAAGUCCAAGCACUAUAGAAACUUAUGAAAAUGACGAAGUAAAUCUUGACUAUACAGCUGAAGAAACUGCUCGAAGUCCACGGGAAAGACGAGUCAGCGUUAUGAGUUUACAUAGACGAUCUUCUUAUCUUACUCCUAGUACUAAUAAACCUGACACUGAGCAUGGCAAGAACGUUCUUAUUCUAAAUGAAGACACUAUCAAAGGCAAAGUUUCAUGGCAAGUUUAUGUGGCAUAUAUGAAGUCAUGCUCUUUUGUUUCAGUCCUGUUUUAUCUGUUCAUGUUGGUUGUCUCUCAAGGCGCUCAAAUCUCCAUGAAUGUAUUCCUUAAAUAUUGGAGUUCUCAAAAUGAUAACAAUCAUUUGUUUUAUUUGUCGAUAUAUUGCGCCAUUGGCCUUACAUAUUCUCUGUUGACCAUUGGACAAACAAUAACACUUUGGGUAUUUUGUGCUAUUCGAGCCGCCCGUAUUUUGCAUGAAAAAAUGUUGAAUAGUAUUAUAAGAUCUCCAAUGUCUUUUUUCGAUACCACUCCUUUAGGUCGCAUUCUAAAUAGAUUCAGUAAAGAUCAAUACACCAUUGAUGAAGUUCUUCCACGUACAUUUUCUGGAUACUUCAGGACUUUCUUUAUUGUUUUAGCAACAAUAACUGUCAUUUCGUUUUCCACACCACCAUUUAUCAUGGAAACUUUGGGAGGUGUCAUGACUAUUCGUGCUUAUCAACAAUCACAACGGUUCAUUACUGAAAAUGAAGUUCGAUUGGAUGAGAAUCAAAAAGCCUAUUAUCCAUCUGUUUCUUGUAAUAGAUGGUUAGCUGUUCGAUUAGAAUUUAUAGGAUCUUUGGUUAUUUUUAGUGCAUCACUUUUAUCCGUUAUUUCGUCCGUAACCACCCAUGAUAUUGAUGCUGGACUUGUUGGUUUAUCAUUAUCUUAUGCGCUCAGCGUUACACAGGCUUUGAAUUGGGCUGUUCGGCAGUUUUGUGAAAUAGAGACAAAUAUUGUCUCUGUGGAAAGAGUAAAAGAGUAUAUUGACUUACCUAGUGAAGCACCUCCAAUAAUAGCUGAUAAUCGUCCUCCACCUGCAUGGCCUCACAAUGGAUUAGUUGAAUAUAAAAAUUAUUCAACUCGGUAUAGAACUGGCCUUGAAUUAGUGUUGAAGGGAGUAUCAUUCCGUAUAAAACCAAAAGAAAAAAUUGGAAUAGUUGGAAGAACGGGGGCUGGAAAGUCUAGUUUGACAUUAAGUUUAUUCAGACUAAUAGAGGCGGCUGGCGGUUCUAUUAUUGUGGAUGGCAUGGAUAUAUCAAAAAUUGGGCUAUAUGAUCUUCGUUCACGCAUUACUAUCAUUCCUCAAGAUCCAAUUCUCUUUGAAGGAACAAUUCUUUUCAACCUCGAUCCAUUCGAAACACACGAUGAUGUGGAGAUUUGGCAAGCUCUUCAAAGUUCACAUUUGAAAGAUUAUAUCGCUCGAUUAGAUGAUAAAUUAUAUGCUAAAGUUUUAGAGGGUGGUGAAAAUUUCAGUCAAGGACAAAGACAACUUCUAUGUCUAGCAAGGGCACUAUUACGGAGGUCGCCUAUUAUCGUGUUGGAUGAAGCAACUGCAUGUGUUGAUGUCGAGACGGAUGCUAAAAUACAACAAACUAUUCGAACUGAAUUUAAUUGGGCAACAUUGUUAUGUAUUGCUCACAGAUUAAGAACAAUAAUAGACUAUGAUAGGGUUUUAGUUCUUGAUCAAGGAAAAGUAGCGGAAUUUGAUACACCAUAUAACCUACUUCAAGAUAAAGGUAGUAUGUUCCGACAUUUAUGUGAAGAAAGCAAUGAAUUUGAAUAUUUGAUGGACAUUGCUUCAAAAAAAUUUCGAUCACUAAAUGAAAACGAAUGA